AUGGUUUUGGAAGCUGGUUCAAAUCCGAUAGAAACAAUCAAACAUCCUGGGGAAUUCGACACAAUGUUGAAAACAGUUUUAUAUCCUAAAGAUUUCGAUUCAGUCUCGGGUUGGAUACCCGAUGUUGGUGAUGAAAGUGUUUUAAAAGAACCGGUAAGAAAUCUUGCAAAUGAUGCUGAUUUAGCUAGAGUGAGAGUUGUUGCUCGAAACACAAUAGAAAGAGUAGCACGAGCAGCUAAUCAUGGAUUCGAAAAACGAGUACUUCAGUAUAAUAAUGUUGUUGAGAAUAAUAGGUGGGGGUUACCAUAUAAAAUUCAUCUACAAGGAGAAAUCAACGAAAAGAUAUUUUUUGGAGAGAAUGGUUCAGAUGCAAAAUUAGAAAUAACGAAUCUCCAACUUUUCAUACCCGUAAUACCACCAUCAAUUGAAGUAGAAACGAGAAUAUUCAACUCAUUAACUAAAGAUAUUGAAAUAGCUUUUCUUCAUCGUAAUACGGUAGGUAGCAUGACUUUAACUGGAGAAUCCACCACAUGGUCAAUCACUAACACUAUUAAACCAGCAAGAUAUUUAAUAGUUGGUUUCAAGAACUUAUCAGAUUCUCAAACGAAUAACAAUAAUGUCUUCAGAGUGGCAAUGAACCAAACUCAAAAUCCUUUAAUCCAUAAAGUUCAAGUAAGAUUAAACAACGAUAAUUAUCCUUACCAACCUUUAACAAUUAACCCAACCACAAAGGAUUAUAAUGAAUUGUAUAGAAACUAUGAAAACAUGUGUGAAUUAUUUGGAAAUCCACCUCAGUUUGAAUAUGUAGAUUUUGCACUUAAUCAUCCAAUCUUCUGUUUUGAUCUAUCAGCUCACCAAGAAAAACAGGAGGCAACAUAA